CUGGAGCUUUUCCGCUUGGAGCUUCGCGAAAUCGUGCGCCGCAGUUUGCUGGACACGAACCUGCGCGCCAGCGUGGGCACAGUGUUUGACAGUCUGGCCGGCCUAAACAUCGAGGGUGUGAUGCCGACACGAUAUUUGUUUGCGAACGGUCGGAGGGGAGCAGCUCAUCCGGAUCCGCCUACGCCCGCCGUUCCAGCGUUGCAAGACCUCGUCGAGCGUCAAGACGGUGUUCUUGGUAGUCGAGACGAGAGAAACAGGGACGAUGAAAUGAGGAAUCUUGUCUGUGGUCGAGAGGUCGUUGACAAUGAAGAUCAGCCAUCACCGCAUUAUGGCAAAGCCGAGGCAGUAGUUGACUCGAAGGAAAGUGAAGUUGUUGCGCAGGAUGACACGAUUAUUAUGGGGGAGUGCUACAUAGACCAUAACGCAGUGACGAAGGGCAACGACCAGGAAGACGAAGACAGUUCUUCAUCCGAAAAACGCACUUCGACCAGCCAGGACCCGGCGAUUGAUGUUCUUGUCCAGGCAGAAGAAAAUGAAUCACAGGCUUCACCAUUUCCACCCGCAUCAACUUUUUCGCGGGCCGUGGACAGUACUGACGCUACCUCUAUUUCCCCUGUGGUUGCAAAAGAAAAAGAGAAACCCGAAGAUCCGGUGACAGAGAAGAUGCUGGAGAAGUUGCAGAAAAGCGUAAAGUUCCAACUGCAGAAAGCCAACACGGUGUUUACCAGGACGGCGUUUCUGAACGCUCGCGACGAGUACGAGUGCGUCGAGGUGGAGGAGAUUGACAACCAGGAAGCCCGGCGGGCGGACGAGGCGGAGCAGGGACAAGUGCACGAUGGUCACGACAACCCCGCGACUCACAAUUUCGGGUUUUGGUUCUUGCAGGACGGCAAGCCGUGCUUCUGCUGUCCCCCGGAAUACGAGCAGUUCGGAAAGAUGCUGCUGAACAAACCGAAUCACACCACCACGACCUACACCGUCGCGGAGGCGACGCUGUUUGAGGACCAGCAGCCUAUCAACGUGCCCUUUUUCGACGAGUACUACAUCUCGAACCCUCGCGUGGGCCGCCGGCAGUGUUUGAAUAAGGAGGGGGAGGUUCUAAAUUUCUUGCGAAAAGCGUUGCAAAAAGCAGUUUGUGUUGAUGAUUUUGAGGCACGAGAAGUAGAAGGAGGAACUGCCAGUGCAAGAAAAGCUACACUACCAGUUGUACCAGGACAAGAUGUAACGCAGCUUACCGACGAGCAAGAAGAGAUGCUCAGUAUGAAGUUAUCGGCUAUCCGGAACCUGCGACUCACGCAGCAGGCGGUGCAGGUGUUGAAAACCGUGACGGCAAAUCGGUACUGGUACGAGUACAAGGAACACGAGCUAUUGCAGCCGCAAUUCGAAUUUGUCUUCGUGCCAGAAAAUGACAAUGUUGAUGAGGAAGGACAGGAUCUUCAGGAAGACAACCCAGAGUCUGAUGAAGCGGCACGACAGCCCACCGGAACCACAGAGUUGGGCUCGUCUAGUUUCUCGCUGAAUCACAAAAAGGACCUAGCGCGGAGUCUGCAGCCUUUGAGCAGCAUCACAGUUGACCUUUCCUUGGAUGGCGGAUCCACGUCGUGGUCGCUUUCUCAGGAUAGUUCCGAUGGGGACGCGGCAGCAAAAACGAAGCAAAAGGACGCGGAAAGCGCAUGUCCGGCUAGAAACGCGACAGAGACGGAGACCCUGGUAUCCGAACGGACUGGCAACUACAAAGAGAGUGCCAACACAAACUGCACAAGCACACCGAUGCUGCUUACGGAAAUUGUAGACCGAGAACCUCAAGUCGCUAAGGUGUCGCGGAAAGAGAAACUGACCACAGAGGAUGAGCAAUCCGCAGAGAUACUCAAUUCUGCUGAGCCCGAAUUGGCCCAAGUCCAAGAUGAUCAGGAUCAGGACGGAUCCAUUACGGGUAUGCCCUUCCCGACGAUGAACAAGAGCGAUGAGCUUCCCUACUUCGACGACGGACGCUCCACACGGCGCUUGCGCGACACCCUGGACAUGAUUUUCCGGGACUUUUACGACAAACCGGUGGUCUAUUUCAACGAACCGGUAACCGACCCGGAGGACGAGAUUGCGAAGCAGGUACUGGAGGCGUCGGAGAGCCAGGUGGUCCGGCUCUUUCCGCUGGAGCGGCAGUUUUUGCCGCCCUCGAAAAAUUUUCUGGCGCAAAAACGCGACUUGCACUUCAAAAAGUGGCCCUUAUUGCACCGACUGGUCUGCAAGAUCUAUUUGAGGAAGCCGAAGAAGAAGGCGAGUAGGACUAAAAUCAGUGGCAGGCCCUGGUGUGGUAAUGGUCGGACUGACGGCGAAGAAAUGUUGACUGAGCAUGACAAUGGGAAUGAGAAUGAUGUCUCAGAGUCAGAGAAGAAUGACUCCUUUCCCAUUUUGGAUGUCCACUUUGAGAAGUACCACAACGACAAAUUUACCCUGCUCGAUGCGCAUUGCCACUUGGAGAUUAUCUGGCGCAAGUUGCCUUUCCGCGUGUGCGAGCAGAUGACGGACCGCGUGCUGAUGACCUUUCACCCAGAGUCGCCCUACAGCCUCCCCAAUGCGUGGCAAUUGAAGACGAUCACGUCCGUAUGUGACGGCCACAGCUUGGACUUCUGGGAAAAGUACUGCGAAGAGGUCUACUUCUCGAAAAUCAGCACGCUCAUGGAUAGAAAAAUGACUGGAGAUGGAGGUGCAGAAAUUAGUUCAAGUGCCGGGCAAGAAGCUGACACUGUCGCUUCCGAACAACAACGACUCGUGUUCGACGAUCAUCUGUACUUUUCCAUCGGCGUGCACCCGAAAUCCAUGGUGGAAUACCUGAAUAACGAGCGCAACAUGCAGGAGCGAAUGCUGCUCCUCGCGGACAAGCUGCAGGCCAUCAACCGUUUGGUCGCCUGGGGGGAGUGUGGACUGGACUAUGACGCGGACCUGGAGGUUCCGGACGACCUGCCGGAGUACGACCGGCCUGACGACAUUUUCAUCGAGAAAUACGAGCGGGACGGCGAUAAAAAUUUCGCGGAGUUUUUCAAGUUGAAAGACAAAACCGACCCAGACAAAUUUCGAUUUUGGACGAAAGCGAAGAAAAAGGCGGACGCGGCGGGAAAGAACGCCGAGAGCUUCACUUGUCCCGAUGAGAAAAAUAAAAUUGAUGAAGAAGGUACUUCUACAACCAGCGCGCCCGUGGUGCUUCUCGACGAAGCAGGCGAGCCGCUGGAGGACCGCAACAACCCGGAUAGUUUUAACUGGGAAGGUCGGCUGGGGAUGCACAAGCGGGUGCCGAUGCGGAACCUGGUCCGCGAGCAGUUGCGCGAGUCCGUGAAGCGUGGCCUGCCAGUGGUGCUGCACUCUCGCGGCGCGGACGUGGACAUGUUCCGCAUUCUGAAGGAGGAAGUGCCACUGGACACCAAGAUCCACCUGCACUGCUGGUCCAGCGGGGGCGUGUUUCUGAAGGAACUUUUGGACACGUUCCCGAAUCUGAAAAUCGGCAUCGCCGGGCACUUGACCACGCCCUCGGCCGACACCUGGCUCACGCACCCCUUCGCGCAUUCCGAUGCGGAGAACUACGAACCGCUGCGGAAGAACAUCACUGACCACUGCCCGCUCUCCAGGCUGGUGGUGGAAACGGACGCGCCCUACAUGCCGCCCAUCAUGCCCGAGGAAGCCAACAUGAGCUACGAACUGCCCAACAUGUCGGCGGUUCCCAGCAUGAGUUGCGCCACGGUGCGGUACCUCUGCUUCAUGUACGGCGACUAUGUAGACGUCGGGGAAGAUGAACGCGAACAAGAUGCGGCGCAGGCUUUCGAUGCAAAAAUGCCAUUCGUCGAUCAAAAAAUUAAAAACGAGGGAGCGUCUGUACCUGUAGAAACAGAAAAGAAAAACGACUUGAACUUCGUGGUGGGCGCGGACAAUGCAGAUAAUGCAGGAAAAAGCGGCAGCAGCAGCGCAGUAUCGGUAUCUCGAGCCUCCAUGUCUUACGAGCAAUUCAAGGAGCAAAGUCGUGACAAUCCGUGGAUGACGGGGCACUACUCUUACGUCGGCGAUUCGAAAGUCUGGAGAGUCUGGAAACCGUACAACUUCUACGAUAUGCUGCUUCAGCUGCACAAGAAUAACAAAGAAACAUUUGGAAUCUGACGAUUGGUUGGGUUGUUGUAAGUUGUACUACUAAAACGAGUUGAACAGGAAAAAUUUUUCGAUUUAUUAUUAGUGGUUUUAGAGUCACUUAUGGGUUAAUAACCUAUAAUAAGUGACUCUAAUUUUUAUUUUUUUCGAACAAAGUCAUAAUGACUUUGUUCGAAAAAAAUCGUGAGAAGGAAUAGCCCCACAGUGCGUGACUGACGGAUUUGAUUGCAGCCCCAUAACGCCGCAGCGCUGCAUCUGAACAGGAGCUUUAUGGUUAAGAGAGUGUUUUAACUUUAAGUCGUCGGAUGCCACCUCUGUCGCAGUAUAAACAUUCGAGUAUUUUUUUUGCUAUGUUUUGUUUAAAAUUUGAUUUCGUUUUCGAUUCAUAUGUCCGUGAGGCACUUCACCUGUUAGAAUUGGAAGUACAAGAACAAAAAAAAGUAGAGCGACACAGACCGAUCAUAUACCAAACUGCGACGACAGGAGAAGGUUGUAUUCUACUGCAUGGUGCAUAUUGAUACGACUUUUUCUCGCGAACGACAGCCACAGCGCAUUCCAUUUUCAUACUCAGCAUUUUUUCUUUUAAAAAGAAGGAACCCAUUCAGUUUUUCCAAAAAAGCUUUGGAGUAAAGUAUCAUGAAGGUGGUAAAGGGGAGGGGUGGACGACAU